AUGUUCAAGAGCGGUGUUGCCCGGACCUUCGCCAGGUCUGCCCUGGCGCGACAUUCCCUCAGACUUCCACAGAACCCAGCCCUGCGCUCGCUGGCCUCCAGAUAUGCCAGCACCUCCUCUGGACAAGUUGGAAAGAUCCAUCAGGUUAUCGGUGCUGUUGUUGACGUAAAAUUCGACGGUGAACAACUUCCUUCCAUUCUCAACGCCUUGGAAACUACCAAUGGCAAUCAAAAACUCGUCCUUGAGGUAGCGCAACAUUUGGGAGAAAACGUAGUCCGAACAAUUGCUAUGGACGGUACCGAGGGUCUCGUCCGUGGCGCCACUGUUACUGACACUGGCGCCCCCAUCAUGAUCCCCGUUGGCCCAGGCACCCUUGGCCGCAUCAUGAAUGUCACUGGUGACCCGAUCGACGAGCGCGGUCCAAUCAAGCACUCCAAGAAGGCCCCUAUUCACGCUGAGGCUCCUGAAUUCGUCGAGCAAUCUACCACUGCUGAGGUCCUGGUUACUGGUAUCAAGGUCGUCGAUCUACUAGCUCCCUACGCCCGUGGUGGAAAGAUUGGUCUCUUCGGUGGUGCUGGUGUCGGAAAGACUGUCUUUAUUCAGGAACUGAUUAACAACAUUGCCAAGGCUCACGGUGGUUACUCCGUGUUCACCGGUGUCGGUGAGCGUACCCGUGAAGGAAACGAUCUGUACCACGAAAUGCAGGAAACCCGCGUCAUCCAGCUGGACGGCGAGUCCAAAGUCGCCCUCGUCUUCGGCCAGAUGAACGAGCCCCCCGGAGCCCGUGCCCGUGUUGCCCUGACCGGUCUGACCAUCGCUGAAUACUUCCGUGACGAAGAAGGCCAAGAUGUGCUCCUCUUCAUCGACAAUAUCUUCCGCUUCACCCAAGCCGGUUCCGAAGUGUCCGCCCUGCUAGGCCGCAUCCCCUCCGCCGUCGGCUAUCAACCCACCCUCGCCGUCGACAUGGGUGGUAUGCAAGAGCGCAUCACAACUACAACAAAAGGCUCCAUCACCUCCGUGCAAGCCGUCUACGUUCCCGCAGACGAUCUGACAGAUCCCGCCCCCGCCACCACCUUCGCCCAUCUGGACGCCACAACCGUCUUGUCCCGCGGCAUCUCCGAGCUGGGCAUCUACCCGGCCGUCGACCCGCUGGACAGCAAGUCGCGCAUGUUGGAUCCGCGUAUCGUGGGCGAGGAGCAUUACGAGGUCGCGACGCGCGUACAGCAGAUGUUGCAGGAGUAUAAGUCUCUGCAGGACAUUAUUGCCAUUCUGGGUAUGGAUGAGUUGUCUGAGGCGGAUAAAUUGACUGUUGAGCGGGCGCGGAAGUUGCAGCGGUUCCUGUCGCAACCAUUUACUGUUGCGCAGGUUUUCACGGGCAUUGAGGGGAAAUUGGUGGAUUUGAAGGAUACGAUUCGUAGCUUUAAGGCGAUUAUGAAUGGGGAGGGUGAUGAUUUGCCCGAAGCUGCAUUCUACAUGGUUGGUGACUUCGAGUCCGCCCGCGCGAAGGGAGAGAAGAUCUUGGCUGAGUUGGAGAAGUCGUAA